CCUGAUAAGAGGAUAAUCAUGUCUGUGUGAUUCAUACAAACUUUACCCCUCAAUAUAACACCUUCUCAACAAGAUAACGGCUCUGUGUUCGUUUUCAGACGUCAUAUAAUAAUAAUAUUUGCUCUGAUUGUUGCACGUCGCUAAAAGAUGUGUCUGCUGGAACCAAAAAUACACCUUUCUGAGUGCAUCAAUUAAAACAAUUGUCUAUUUUAUUGUUGUAAAACACAUGUAGCUGAAACACGAAUGUGGGAUAGCCUUCUGUUUCUUCAUGGACAGGCGAAUUUUUAUUAAAAUACUUGAAUAAUUUUACAACGCAGCGCUCCCCUGUCUCACCCAUCAGUCUCUUUCGAUGUUUCUCGUAUGACGGCAAUUAUUCCAAUAAGCCGUCAUUUAUGUAAUUACACUUUGGAUCUGACUGUAAAAAUGAAUAUAUAGGUCUUCACAAUCCAAAGCAGAAAUAAUAAUGAGAAAAGGGGAAUUAUUCCCUUUUAUUCGUAAUUAUAAGACCCAGCACAAGUGUCCCAUGGGCCCACCCAGGUCACGUGACUUCGAUAACUCGUGUCCAUUGUGCCCAUUUCUGUUUUUUCUUCUUCCGAGAGCAGCCACGAGGUAACGGCAAGAUAUGGGCGAAUGGAUGGAACUGCUACUUUCGUUUGUGUUUUUAUGGGCAACUGCUGCGAUAAGUCAUGCAACGCUAUUUUUCCGCGAUAACCUGUUUUUGUUGCUAAUAUCUGCGCUCCUGCUGACCGGAGAAGCUGACGCUCUUCAGGUGAUUGGUGGAAGUGUGACAGUGGAACAAGGAGGCACCGCUAUUUUAUCGUGCCAUGUCAUUGAUACCAAUGAUGACCUGACACAGAUUACCUGGCAGAGGAGGACGAGAGAAAAACCUCACAAUGACAAUUUCCUAACUAUCCUACCCAGAGAUGGAGCACAGUUUGUCAAUGGAGACGAUGAUCGAUUUAAAUAUAUCGGGAAUUUUAAUGACAAAAAUGGAACUCUCCAGUUAUCCAAUGUUGCCCUGAAGGAUGAAGGCAGCUACACAUGCAUCUUCACCUUGUUUCCCAGUGGAAAUCAGAAGACUGAAAUACCUCUGAACUUGCUUGUGCCUCCUUUCACAAACGUGAAGGACAACCUUCCCACUUUGGGCACAGAAGAGGUUUUAUUUGCUACCUGCACGGCUGCUGGAUCGAAGCCUCCUGCAGAGGUGAGGUGGCUCACUGAUGGUUUGGGAGAAAAAGUGAGGACGACAACAAACUCGACACAGUAUGACAACGGCACAACUACUACAGUCAGCUCUCUGUUUGGCGUACCUACAAGAGAGAUUAACGGUCACCAGGUCCAGUGUGUCAUCAGCGGUGACUCCCUGUCUAAAGAAGAAACCCUGCCCUUCACCAUACAGGUCUACUUCUCUCCCACAGAAGUGAAUAUUAGAGUGAUUACAGAAGACUCAUUUGAGUGUGUGACAGAAGCCAACCCAAGUGCCAACUUUACCUGGAGUAGAUCUGGCCAGACUUUGCUGCAGUCUUCUAUCAAAGUCGACGGUGCAGAGCUACAACUGCUGAGCCUGACCUCUGAUCAAAAUGGCCUCUAUCAGUGUGAAGCAUCUAAUGCAUAUGGAACUAAACAUGGUCAGCUCUAUGUGCAUGUGGCACCAGGAGCAUGCUCUGCUGUUUGGGCCCUAGUUGGUGUUUUGUUUUUCCUGAAUGUUGCUGUUGCUGCAGUAUGGUACCUUGAUAAAUCCAAACAGCUUCAAAGGUGUUUUCCAUCACAUGGUGAUGGGCCUAGAGACCCACCAUCUCCCAGGAGUGCAGGAGAUGAUCAAAGACGAGAACAAGAACAACUGCAGGAAGUGAGCGAGGUCACCAAUGGUUAAUAUGUAGAGAUUUGAAACUCAAAAUUAAUUAUGUUAAAUAUAAAUUAAUUAAUAUGUCUCUCAAUAUUUUGGUGCUAAUGACUUAACUUACAGUUUUUCUCAGUUGCUUCUGUGCAAUUCUCACAGCAGAAAAGUCAUUCAAGCCACUCUUCAUGCGGUUCUCAAAACAGUUAGAGCAUUUUUCAUAACAGAGUCUCUUGUGCAAAAGAAACUACUACAAUCAAAACCUUUCUCACAUUGUUCAAAAAAUGAAUAGUCAGUCAGUCACUUUAUCUCUGUGAUGAAUGAAUAGAAACCUUUCACCACCCUUUAAAGACGUAGUCAUCAAAUUGUUUAGUUUUUUUUUUCCUCAAAACCUUAAAUGACUUUAGUAUUUCUUAUUUUAUUAAAUCUGCCCUUCUUUUUUCAAUAGUGUGUUGAAUAUUACAGAAGUGUUACUAUUCUUUGUAAAAUCUGCAGAUACACUGAGAGUCUUUGCGUGUUUGUUUUAAAUUAAAUGCAGGUUUUUAAACAAAUGUUCUGAAUUCUCUGCCUCAGCAAUCCUUCUGACAGUUGUGGAAGCCAAAGAUGGACAAUAUCUCCACUGAAGUUUCCACCAACAUAUUAUUCCAGAGUUAGCUUGGCAAUGAAACAACUUCACAUGUAACUGGAAUAACCGUUAGGUUGUGGUUUUAGCUGCCUGUUCCUCUGUUGUCGUGUAAAGCUUUAACUGUAUUUGCCAUCUGUUCUUGUGUUUCCCCCAAACUUGUGAAAUGCUUUCAUCAUCAGUGAAAACUGUUGACAGCUAUAGUAAUGUGGUUACUGUAAAUUCAGGAAAGAAAAAUCCACUUGCCUUCACUAACAGCCUUCCCUCAGGGUAACAAUAGAAGUAUUUAAGGUUAUAAUGUACAAUACUGGGCAAUAGUGGACACUUCAACCAUUCAUAUGGAAUUACAUGUUUUCCCUUUUUUGCUUAUUAUGCCUAUAAAAAGCACCAUGACAGUAUCCAGUCAGUGUGCUAGCACAGCUGCAGCAGGUGUGUUUGCAUUGCAGCUCUGGCUGAUGUUCUUUACUCCUCUUGAUAACACGAGCCAUUAAGCUGCAGUUUAUAAAACCCACAGUGUUUUUAUCAGAAACACUAAAUGAAUUACCAGUACAAUACAAAAACUCACACAGAGAAUAGCUUCACUGCACACUGUGAAUGGUGCUAAAUUUCUCUUGUGCACGAUGAUGGUGCACACACUUACUCCCCACCACUACAUAAAACUAUAAUAAAACAGGCCUGCACUUGUCUGUACUUGCCAUGAAUGUACAAGUUUUGCUCUAAUAAAACAAAACUUACACACAAGUAAAAAAAAAAAAUCUUAAUCUUCAUUCAUGUAUUUACUGAAUGUGCUGAUUAACGGUUAAUAAGAAACUUGAACAGAAAGCCUGAGUAUAUGAACCGAUUUCUUAUAAACUUAUGGGAGUAUGAUUAAAUACUCAUUUUUAGGUAAUAAUAAAAUACUAAAAAUGGUAAAUUUAAAUUUUAAUAUUAUAUGAAUACAAGACUACAUAUUGCAUUAAGUAACAAAUGCUAAGUUACACAAAUGCAAAUGCACUCUCUUAAUUUCUUAUCUUUAGUUGUUCUGGUUCAGACCUUUAACUCCAUGCGUUCAGCCGAGCUGACUUAUUUAAAACAUAGACGGGUCUAAUAAGUGUGCUGACUGAUAAAGAGCUGUUUUUACUUCACUGUUAUGAAAAGCGUGUCAUCAUAAAGACGGAAACUGACUGUAACUGAUAAUUCUGUUCGACAUUGGCUUAUGUAUUUCUGCAAAGCUUACGAUGCCUGCAUUUUCCCAGGAGCUAUGCUGUUGGGAAGGUUUGUUCCCAAUGCAAAUUGGUCAUGGGUUAGGGGCCAGAUCAAAUGCAAUUCAAAAGACUUCUAUCAUGUAAAAUACAAAAAAAAAAACAAAGUUACCUCACUUGGAUCUCUGUUUCCAGAGAGCCAGACUCACUCUACAGUGUUUACUGUAAGCUGCAUCACUUUCCACGCUGGUGAAGGGCAAGUUUAACUUGUGUUGACACACAAAUGUUUUAAGUAUUGUCAGUGAAACCCUUUGAUCAUCUGUUUCGAGCUGACUUUUGUUAUGAGUAUACAAGCUAACGACAGGAGGCAAAGUCAGCAAAAACAGAAUUUGUGACAUGUUCAGUAUCAAAAUUGAAAUUUAAGUUCUGUAUUACAAGCACUACAGAAAAGCAGUGAAAUACUGUGAAAAACAAUGUCAACCUUCAAAAUGCACUCUCAGCUGCUAAUCUGACUCUUCCUUGACCAGUUUAAGAAAAGAAAUAGCUUGAUAGUAGGUCGAUAGACCAUUUUUCACAAAACUGUAUUCGGUAUAUGAAGCUAAAAUUUCACAGCAUGUGUGUUUAAACGUUGGCCCAUAAUUUUUACCCCCAUACAUAAAAAGGCUGAUGGAAUAUUGUCGUGGGUGGGUGGUGGUGAUGUGUCAUGGAAUUUUCUGUGGAAAAAGGCAUUUGUGUAGAAUCAAGCUAUUUUAUUACUGCAUGCAGAGCGAACACACACAUCAAAAACAUCACAGGUCUAAGUUAUGAGCACUCUGCCCUUGGAGUCUCAGCUCCUCUUUCAUACCCUCACACACAAUGCUCUGUAUCUUCCCAGAUAUAGCAGGUUUUUGUUCCACGGGCUGUUACUGAGCAGAGAACAACUCCCACUAUCUUUUCCCAGGAAGCACUGGUCAUCUCGGGAGUUUCGUUCUUCUACGCCCUAACAGUUAACAUAGUGAAACAUCUUUAAGCAAAGCUAAGCAGUUUUCACAAGGUCAUGCUGAGAAAUACACAUACUUCAUCUAAGCAUAUGCAAAAGCACUUAAAUACUUUAAAUGAGAACAAUAGAAAUUUUCUAUUACACAUGCAAAUUUGUGAAUGCGAUAACUUGAAUGAGGCGAUGCAGAAGUUUGAAGUCGAUGCUAUAAGUGCAGCUUCUAAAAAUCUUAGAUGAGUUUGAAUCAGAGGUUUUCUGAAACUCUUGUGAAUGUGAUAACUUGAGGACAAGGUGACAAAGGAUUUUGAAAUUGACACCAUAGGUGUAUCAACUAGGAGACUGAGGGGUAGCAUUGACGGUCACUAGUAUUUUUCUGCUUUUCUUUCCAAGCUCCUUAGACUACAAUGACCUGGAUGACUGAGAACCUUCACAGACACUUUGACCAGUUAUUUAACUAAUCAACUAUUUGCUGCCAAGUUAGUGUGUCAAAUGAAGAUAUGUUUGUAUUUUAAUUGUGUAGGUUACAUUUAGCUAAAUUCAUCUUAAUCCUUUAUAGCAAUAGUUACACUAGUACAUGUUUUUUAACUCUAAACUUUAAAUCUCUAAACUUGUUUAUUGAAAAGAGUCAGCAUUAAUGAAUAAACUGUGCCUUGUCUUUUCUCUCAUUUACACAUGCACACAGGGGGUAUUUGUGAGAGCCAGCAAAAAUGCUUUCCAUUUGACAACAUGUCUUUACUCUACACAUUAAAACAGUCUUCUCAAACUGUGGAGCUGGUGGUGCACGGACUACUGUAGGGAAUAACUGGGGACAUUUCAGAGAAAGCUGGAGAAUUACUUUGUUAAAGCAUUACACAGUCAGAGUUCCCUGCUUUUGGAAAGCUAUACAUCAUAUCAAAUCAUAUAUCAUACACCUGUGUCCCAGAUGGUUGUACUUUUCAAUUUAUUUAGGUUUUUGUGUGGCAGCUUUUUUUUAAGCAUUCAAUCACUAAAGUGUGUUGUUUGAUCUGUAUUCUAAAUUGACUAAUUAUAAAUCGUUCAGUGUGCUUGCUUUAUAUCUUGUGUUUUUUAUUGUUUGCUUAAAAUUAAACUUUGUUUUGUAAUUGCUUUUAUAACAUGUUACACUGCUGAAAUACUUUUUGUUACCAUUUUUCUUCAAAAGUAAAUAAACAUGCAUAAAAUCA